UAAAGCAUCAGUCGCCAUCCUGAAGAUCAACUCUGAGGUCAACUGCCCCCCACACCAACACAACUCUCUCAUUUUCUCAGUUCUGAAUUGUGAUAAGCAACAUUGCAAGGCUUUGUUGAAUUCAAAGUCUUGGAAUAGAUUGGUUAGGUGGUUUGGUGACAAUGGCACGAGUUUGAGGACAAUGGCAUCAAAGGGUUUAUUGCAAACUGAAGAGUUGUACAAGUAUAUUUUGGAAUCUAGUGUUUUCCCACGUGAGCCAGAGCCUCUCAAGGAGUUAAGGGAUGUAACUGCUAAUCAUCCAAGGAAAUUAAUGGCUACAGCACCGGAUGCAGGUCAGAUCAUUACCAUGCUUCUACAGCUAGUAAAUGCUAAGAAGACUAUCGAGAUCGGAGUCUUCACCGGAUACUCCCUUCUACUGACAGCGCUUUCGAUUCCUGAGGAUGGGAAGAUAACCGCUAUUGAUAUAGAUCGAGAUGCAUAUGAAAUCGGAUUACCGAUAAUUAAGAAAGCCGGCGUUGAGCACAAGAUUAACUUUGUGGAGUCCGAGGCUUUGCCGGUUCUAGAUCAGCUCUUGACUGAUCAUGAGAAUGAAGGGAGUUAUGACUAUGCAUUUGUUGAUGCCGACAAAGUUAACUAUUGGAAUUACCAUGAGAGGCUAUUGAAGUUGUUGAAGGUUGGUGGGAUAGUAGUCUAUGAUAACACUCUCUGGGGAGGCUCUGUUGCGAAGAAUGAAAAUGAGACUCCGGAAUUCUACAGACCUGGCAGGCAUCUGACAAUCGAAUUCAACAAACAAAUUGCAGCCGAUUCUCGAGUCCAGAUUUCGCUUGCUCCAUUUGGGGACGGCAUCACCAUAUGCAAGCGUAUCAUGUGAAAAAGUCUAGUGAUGCCAAGGUUCAAAUGUGUAUAGUUUAGCUUAUGAUGAAUCUAAUAAAAAAGACCACAUAUGUGAAUGUGGAUGAUCUGCAGUUUAUGGUAAUAAGAAUAAAGCAAAGAUGGAGGAUUCAGGAUUGUCAUUCAUAAGAAACAUGAUAAGAAAAAUUCUCAUCUAGAAUGUUUCUAUAAGUUCAUUCACAAUUUCCUGUAGCAAAGUCUUAAAAAUGCGACGCUCUUACACCAAACCAAUCAAACCUCAGUUUCACAGAUACCCUUUUGUGUGAAAUGUUAAUCUCUCGUAUCAUUUUCA